CACCAACUGCUUUUUCUCUUGCUUUUCAGCUUCCAGCAAAGCGUGGUCCCGGUGCUGUCCCUUCGGUGGAAGAAUCUAAAUAAGCACAUUUUUAAACCCUUGGAAGGACAUUGAGAAGCAAAAAUGAGACCCAUGCGUAUUUUCGUCAACGACGACCGCCACGUGAUGGCCAAGCACUCGGCCGUUUACCCCACGCAGGAGGAGCUGGAGGCCGUUCAGAACAUGGUGUCCCACACGGAGAGAGCCCUCAAAGCCGUGUCCGACUGGAUCGACGAGCAGGAGAAAGUCAGCGGGGAGCAGCCCGAGACGGAGUCCAUGGAGAUGGCGGCCGAGGAGGAAAACAAGGAAGGAGGAGGGGAUCAGAAAGCCGCCGAGCAGUUGACCAGGACCCUGCGUGGGGUGAUGCGCGUGGGGCUGGUGGCCAAAGGCCUUUUGUUGAAGGGGGACUUGGAUCUGGAGCUGGUUCUUUUGUGCAAAGAUAAACCCACCUCGGAUCUCCUGGAGAAAGUCGCCGACAAUCUGGGAGUCCAGCUCGCUGCUAUAACUGAAGACAAAUACGAAAUAAUCCAGUCGGUGGGCGACGCCGCCAUCGUCAUCAAGAACACGAAAGAGCCGCCGCUGACGCUCACCAUCCACUUGACGUCGCCCGUGGUCAGAGAAGAAAUGGAAAAGCAGUUAGCUGGAGAAACGCUCUCAGUCACCGACUCCCCGGACGUUCUGGACAGGCAGAAAUGCCUUGCUGCCUUGGCGUCACUGCGACACGCCAAGUGGUUCCAGGCCAGGGCCAACGGGCUGAAGUCGUGCGUCAUCGUGAUCCGAGUGCUGCGAGAUCUCUGCACUCGGGUUCCCACUUGGGCACCGCUCAGAGGAUGGGUAAUUUUCCCCUUUUAU